AUGGCUCCCCAAUCUCAACCCCUAUCUUCAUUCACAACGCCACCACCCAACGUCCCAGAUACCCUAACGUCCUUCCCCAGCCCACACAUCCUACUCGUAACGCUCAACCGCCCACAACAGCUCAACGCGAUCCCGCGCCCGCAGCACUUCGCCCUCGAGCGCCUGUGGGACUGGUAUGAUGCGGAGCCCUCCCUGCGCUGCGCCGUGAUCACCGGCUCCGGCAGGGCCUUCUGCGCGGGCGCAGACCUGAAGGAAUGGGAUUCUAUCAAUUCUUCCCCCGAAGAUAAGGCGGUGUCGGCAGAGGAGCACGGUCGGCAGAACAAACGGUUCCCGCUUGGUGGUUUUGGUGGCAUGAGCAAUCGCGGUGGACUCAAGCCUAUUAUCGGCGCUGUUAAUGGCAUUUGCUUCGGCGGCGGCAUGGAGAUGGCUAUUAACUGCGACUUGAUCGUCGCGGCUGCGUCGGCGAGUUUCAGUCUUCCGGAGGUUACUAUCGGGGUUAUCGCGCUGGCGGGUGCGUUACCGCGACUUGCGCGCAGCGUGGGCAGGCAGAGGGCCGCGGAGAUGGCACUUAGCGGGAAGAAGUACGGCGCGAAGGAGAUGCUGGCGUGGGGCCUGGUGAAUGAAGUCGUAGAGGGCGAUAGCAAAGCCGUGUUGGAGAAGGCAUUAGAAUGGGCGCAGCGCAUCGCGGGGAACAGUCCCGAUGCGGUUAUCGUGUCGCGCGAGGGGUUAAAGUUAGGCUGGGAAGGGGUUGGGCCGGAGCAGGGCACAGAUAUCCUGGUUAAGGGCUGGUUUGGACGUAUAGAGAAGGGGGAUAAUGCGAUCGAGGGCGUGAAGAGCUUCGUUGAGAGGCGGAAGCCGGUGUGGAAGGAUAGUAAGCUGUGA